GUUAGUGUUUAGCAAACAUGACGGAAUACGUGCCACCACACGUCAUCUCGGUGCUGAAGACGUACCAGGACAAAGCGCCCCGGAGUCUGCACGGACCGGGCCUGUCGCUGGUGCACCCGAGCAAGGCGAGCAGUACGAUCGUUGUUGGCCGGGCGGACACGCCCGAUCUGCAUGGUGGAGUCGGCGGUACGCCGCAGCAUCUUCCACUGCACCACCCGCACGGCACCGAACAUGGGGCGGGGCGUGCGGGCAGCGAUGAGGAUGGGCAGCAGCAAACGAGACAGCAACCGAUGGGACCACCGGUCCCGGGCGUACCGAUCAUGACAACGCCCGACCCAGACUGUGGCAUCGUGCAGAUGACAAUCCUGGAAGGGAAGCGGAUCGGUUGCUUUCUGCUCGGUGGCGAAACCCGCCUCUGUCUGCCGCAGAUCUUCAACAACAUCCUGAUGGACUUUAGCGUGGAGCAGAUCAAUCGCAGCAUCCAGGAGCUGAUGAUCUAUCUGUACAACUGCACCGACCAGCAGCUGCAGGAGUUUAAGCGCGCCAACAUCAUCCCCGACACGGCGAAAACGUGCGGGUUGAUAACGCGCACAAACGCGGAACGGCUGUGCAGUUCGCUGCUGCACCAGGCCCAUGAACUGCGACCCCGGCUGAAGGGUGGUGGCGGUGUGCUGAACGGUUCCUUCCGCGUGUACCAUCGGUGCUUCGGCAAGGGCGAGGGUUUGUUUCUGCCCGAGCUGUACAGCUUCGAGGAACCGACCUGCAUCGAGUGUGCCGAAUGCCGGGGGCUGUUCUCGCCGCAAAAGUUCGUCUGCCACCAGCACGAGCCGCAGGAGAUACGCACCUGUCACUGGGGGUUCAAUUCGAGCAACUGGCGCUCGUACAUCCACGUGGUGGAGAGUGAAAAGAAUCGGGACGAGUACGCGCAGGUGCUGGAUAAAAUCUGGCUAAAGGAGCGCGAGAUCGAGCAGGAGCUGGAAUGUGAACGGGUCUUCUGGAUUACGAGACGAAAGCAUCAAAACCAGCAGAAGUGA